UUUAUUUAUGUACUCAUCAUCAGCUUAACCAAGUAACCAAUGAUUAUUGUUGAUAAAAUUAGAAAUCUAUUAAAAGAAAAUUGUCAUUUCAUGUGAAGUGCUUGUUUUCUAUACACUCUUUCGGUGAUUCAAUCGAACAGUUACACACAGAAAUAAAUGGAAUGUUGUGCACACAAAAGCUAAAUAGAGAAACAGUCAGGUGAUCUUAACGAAAACAUGAGUGUGGACAGGUCUACCAGGACUUGCAGGUUUCCGGUGAAGAAGCCUACAAAAACUGAAAUUAUAGAAUCUAAAAAACAAACUCAGGAAACUGAAGAUGAUAUUUCUGAAGACAUAGGCCAAAAGAUGACGUAUAAAGGUCAAGAUUACACUGGUGUAUCAGCACAGGGCCGCAGAGAAUCAUAUGAGACUGAGCAUGAUAAUUAUAUUUUUAUUAAGUUUAAAAAUGGAAAUGACAGUGAUUUAAAACUUUCUGGCAAGAGCCAUUUUACUAUGCACCCUGACAAUGAAGCUUCUGGUAGUCAUGAAGUGGCCAGGAGGUCUGAAAAUAAGAUGGUACCAGAAAACUUAAAGGUCGAUUCAGAUGACGAUGAGGAUGAUACCAACAUUGAUGAUUUUGAUUUUGAUGCAGAGUCAGAAUUAGAUUAUAUCACUGACAGAUUAGGAGAUCGUUUUAGAAAUGUCUUUGAUCAAGAUGAUAGUUUUAUUCAGCAAUUUCUAGAAGAUAUACAAGGAUUGGAAAUGGAUUUUGAUGGACCUAUUCCUUGGCCAAUGCGUCAAAUGCUAGAUGGACAAAAACAGGAUCCACAAUAUCCAUGUAGUAGUAAAAUGAAAGGAAAUUGUGAAAUCUGUCUGAUAGAAAACAUCGAUACAAGAAAGAGGCUAUGUUGUAAUGUACCUGUAUGUGAAAACUGUUUGCAGGAAUAUGUAAAAAAUGAGGUGGAACAAAGAAAUGUACGUUUACAAUGUAUUAAUUGUGACUCUUAUGUUCAUAGAGAUGAAAUUUUGGCUUUACUACCGACAGAAUUGAAAGAUAAAUUUUACAGAUUUUUAAUCGAGGAAAAUAAAGAUCCCAAUGUGAAAACUUGUCCACGAUGUUGUUUACUUCAAAACAAAAGUCAAAUUUUACCGACCUCAUCACCUGAAACAUUGAAAAAGAAAAAGAAAAAUUCGGCAGCAGGUCUUAAAGUCAUUUGUUCACGGUGUGGACUAACCUGGUGCUUUGAUUGUCAUGCUCCGUGGCAUGAAAAUGUUAAAUGUAAGGAGUUUAAAAAGGGGGACAAGUUGGUGAAGAACUGGGCCAAAGAGUUGAGUUACGGUCAAAAGAAUGCUGUUAGAUGUCCUAAAUGUAAGGUAUUUAUCCAGAAGAAGAGUGGCUGUAGUCACAUGACCUGUAGGAAUUGUAACACAAGUUUUUGUUACCGCUGUGGAGAUCGGUACAUACAGAUGAAACUGAUUGGUAAACACAGCGACAGAUUUAGUCCGUUUGGAUGUAAAUAUAACUUACUACCAGACAAGCCAAUGGCUAGGAAGGCAGUCAGGGGGAGUGUUCUUGGUGCAAAAAUAUUUGGAGGUGUCCUGCUAAGUGGCCUAAUUGUAGCAGCAGCUGCCGUGUUCAUAGGUGGCAGUGUCAUCUUUGUGCCUACCUACUUUGGCGUCAAAUAUUACCACUGGCGUAAAAGACAGAAAUGGUUUAGAAACUACAGAAAACAGAAAGAGGAAAUGAAUAAAGUCAGAACAAAGGCACAACUAGCAUCAAGAAAAACAGAAACAGCUUUGAGAGACGUAGAAAUAGGAAUUCCUUAUUCAGAUCACAGUGACACCAUGACCUCUACGGAAAGCAGCUCUUCUAAUGAUCACCAUGGUUCCACAGAGGUCAAAGUUUGGGUCCAUUCCGAGAAUGAGGAGACACCAUUAGAUGUUGUAAGGUAUAAAUCUCAAGAACAGCAGACAACAUCUAGUAUCCAUGACAACACAGUAACAACUGCUGAAGUCACCAUGGAAGAUGAUUUGGUGGUACUUCACGUUAAAACAACAAGUAAAAUAUCACCAGGGGAAGGUGAUCAGUCUGAACAGGAAGUAGAUGGCAGUACUGAUCAAAAUUUUGUUGAAGACAAAAGUUUGUUUGAAAAUUCUGAUGAUACAAAAGAACAUAAAGUUGUUACUGAGGUAAAUGUGGACUCACAAGGAUGUUUUGUCAAAAUUCUUGGUAAACUUCCUGUCAAAUGGGAAAAAGAAGAAGAAAAAGAAGUAAAACUGAAAGAAAAUGGAGUUUCUGUUAAACCUGUUAUUGUAAAGGAAAAGAGGAGAAGAAUAGGAACGAGAAGACAGAAAAAUCUUGAUCAUUUCAGCUCUUCAGAUUCAGACAAACUAGAGAAAUAUGAGAAAGCAGAUGGCCAUGAAAUUGCAUUGAGUAAUGAUGCAAAUGACGAAACUGCCAUUUCUGAAAUCCAACAAGUUAAACAAAUCUGUGAUCAAAUGGACCCAUAUUAUGGAUUGGUUUCCAUGGAAACCUAUGAUACUGGAUUUUAGUAGUUGUCUAAGUAUUUUCUGAGGUCUAUCUAAUUAUGCAGAUGGUAUUUGAUAUAUAUUGUUGUUUUUGUCAGCUAGUCAUUCAUUGUUUUCUGUUGAAGAUAUUCCAUAAAUUUAUGAAUUGCCGAAAAAGAAGGUGAAAAUGUUUAGGAGAAGAUUGUUUUAAAGCCCUGCUACGAUAAAUUUGAAAAUUAGUGUUUUUUUUUGUUUUUUUUAUUUACAUAGAUAUAAAAUACAACAAAGUCAUACAAAACUCUUUGCAUGUUUGAAAAAAAUACAAAGUACCUUCUGCUAUUUAUAAUUACGGCCAUUGCUAAUUUAUUCUGUACUUCAUGUCACAUUAACUUUGCUAUAAAAUACUUUUGACUAGAGAGGUAGUAUAAAAACAGUAGUCUUUAUAAAUCAAUAUUGCUAGACUAUAUAACAAUGUCAUUACUUGUCAGGGGUACAGAUUAAAAAGUAAUUUUCAUUUACUAAAAGAUGUAAGUACAUGUAAUAAUUGUUUAUAUAAGUAAAUUUGUCGGAUUUAAAUUUUCUUUCCAAUAUUUGAAUAAUCUCCCCUUACACUUUUCCAAAAAUUUAGUAAAGGGUAUACAAAUAGCAUUUUUUAAACCCGUGAAAUUCUCAGUUUUGGCAGGUCAAAAAAUGCCUCAAAUAUUUUUUCUUGGUAUUCAUAAUAUUAGUGUUCAAUAAGAGUUCAAAUUUUUAUCUCAAGACAAAAACUCCACUAUGCACUUAUAAAUCAUUUUAGGACAUUGUGUUCCUUACAUAUUUAAGUAACAAGCUGAUUUUAAAGUAGAAGGCUGAGUGCACAUUGUUAGCAAAGAAAAGUUGAAUGAUAAAUUUUAUUAUUGACAAAAAAGUAGAUGGCCCAAACAUUGAUGUACAAGGUUAUUUCAGGGACUUCUUGCCUCUAAAGAAAGCAAUGGCCACAUCCAAUUAUUUUUGAGUAUAUAUUUGGAAUCUUAUAUGUAUCAAAAUUUUAUGACCAAUAUUUCAUUAUGUGCAAUUGUUUACUAUAACUGAUAUUAUAUAGUUGGCUGUGAUGUUUGUUUUGUUGUAGUUUAAUGUUUUAGUUUUUGAGACGUUAUGGCUCCUGCGUGUGUCAUCGUUUGUGUUUAAGUUUGAUCAUGAUGAUCAAGGUUUUUUUAGUAUAGAUUCCAGAAAGUGCAUCAAAUACUUAAAGCCACUGGCUGGUAAACUAUAUUUCAAUCUUUUUUUGUCUAUGUUUUUGAGUACACACGUUACCUGUUUUUGAGUACACACAACAUACAUGUAACAAGUGUAGUCAGGUGUACAUUCUUCAGGUUCCAUCCAUGACCAUAUCAAGCAAUUCUUACAUAAUACAUGCUUAGCAAUACAAUCUUCAAAAGGGUGUGUGUCCAUUACCGUACUUAGAAAGAAAAAAAAAACUUAUGUUUACACAAGUUGCAGACAUAUGAACCUAUCUGUCCUACCAACAAUUGCAUGGACAAAGGGAAAUAACUCAAUUCAUAAUAUUGCCAAAAUGUGUUUUUUUGCUUAGGUGGCAGAAACCAGUUAUUUUACAAUAAAUCUUUAGAAUUUCAUGGUUUUAUGAUUUAAUUUUCUGAAAAAUCAUUCAAGCUAAUAUGCAAAUAUAAUUUAUGGUUUCGGGUAACUAAGAUGUGUGCAUGCUUUAGUGAAUAUAUAAAAAAAAACUGUAAAUUUGGGUGUCUGUCCAGCAUGGAGAUUUUUAAAUUUAUAAGUGCAUUGCAAAUAAGGCAAAAAAUGUGAUGGUCUCAUACAAAUCUAAUACUCACCUCCAGAAUCCUGCUAAUAGCAGACAAGAGUUUUAGGCAAAUUUCAAGAGAUAAAUGAUAUUCAAUGAAUAAGAGCACCUAUCCUUUCCAUCAAAAUCUCAAGAUAUUUUUGUUUACAUGAAACUGAAUUUUUUUCCCACUUUGAUUGGAUGAAAUUAAGAGAGGAGACCCCAAUUUUGACUUCUGAUUGGUCCCAUAUGUGAAGGAAAUCCCCAACCUGUGAAUGCAACUACUUACUAAUGUAGUACAAUAGCCUUGAAUUUACAUUCAUUUAUUUUUUCAGUCCACAUAAUGCAAUUAUAUAUCUAUUAACUAUAACAACAUUUCUGCGUGGGACACAUGUUCUGGUACACCAAAACUGGUACCUGCCACCUCAAUACAACUUCCAAUUUUUUAUUUGAAGUUCACAAACUAAAUUGAAAACAAUCUUUACCUCUUCAUAUUCUGAAGGACUUUGAUUAUUUAAUCAUUUAUAGUAAGUUCUAAUUAUAGAAUUCAGUGCAAUGGAAUUCAGUUACGCAUAUCAUUUUAAUUCUCCUCCAAAACAAAUUUGCUUAGAGCUGUUCCCUAAAAACUUAUAUGAAACAUGUGGAAGGCAUUUCAUAAUCACGAUAUGUUGGCGUAAAAUUAAUUUUUGUACAUCAAAGGAAAUUAAAAAAUCACUUCUAUAGGAGGCUACCCAAUUUUCAAAGUGCCUUUCUUAGGUACCAUAUUUGUUUAAAUGGAACAGUCGUUAUAUCAAUGGAUUGUACUUGCAAUAAUUAUUGAUGAGAAAAACAAUUACCAGGUACCGGUAAUAAUGAGUCAUUUGCCCUUAAACAAGAAAUUUAGGGAAAUAUGAAAUAAACCUCAGCUUUAAUGAGAUAGUCAUAAUUAGCUAACAUAUAUAUUGUGUUAUUUUCCUGCUCGGUUUUGUGUAUGAUUUUGGUCUUAAAAUGGUCAGUUAAAUGAUUGCUUCAGGUAAAUUAUGGGGUAAAAUGCUUGUCAUGACUUUAGACCCUUGCGAAAUUUACAGCAGUAUGUAUUGUUAGUCAAUGUACCGUUUGAGGAUAACUAAUAGUUGACUUACUAAAUGUAUUUAUCUUAUACCAUAGUAUAAGUUUUAUUUUUGUUUCUUGAAGAAAUUGAUCUGUUGAUAGUUUGAGAAAUUAGAAAGGUUCCCAUGCUGUGAGAUUGUUUAGAGAUUAUGCAUAAAAUGUUUUUUUAGAGAUUAUGCAUAAAAAUGCAAUUACAUGUAUUGUAAUUUAUAUAUGUCACUUUUGUCUUUCAUAUUUUGCACUUGUUUGUAUUUCAUUGUAAUUAACUGCCUAAUUAUAUUGGUCUGUGUAUAAUAAUAGUAUUACCUUUCUAAUGCUUCAACCCUUCUAUUAACAUUAUUAAGAAUAUUUUAAUUCUUUUUGUAGUUUUUUGGGGGUCUAAAAUCAUUGGCCAAGUCAAAUUGGAAUGAAGCACCGAAUUUGAUAUUUGUAAUGUGUAUUUGGUCAACUGUAUUAAACUAUUGAAGAGGGUCUCAAUGGGGGUCCUUCAUUUCUUUAUUCUUUUAUUUUUUUUGCCUAUUUUUCUCUAUUCUUUUUUGGCCCUUUAUUCUGCACGUUUUGCCCAUUAUACUCGAGCUCUAUUCUGGAAACCCCAUCCAGACCCUCCUUAAAAGGUGCAUUAGAUUCUUAAAAGUACAGUUUGCAUUUAUUAAAGAUGAAUCUUAAGGAUUAUCUAAAUGGUGCAUCCCAUCUUUAUUGUUAAAAUAUUCCCUCGCAAUCAGCGCUUUUGUAACCUAGUUUAAAGCAAUCCUAUGGAAUCAUCCAUUACUUUUAAUUAUAAUGAUUCCCUUUAUGCAUAUUUGAGUGUUGAAACUUAUUUUAUACCAAAUGUAACUAAUCAACUGAUAAUCAUAAAAAAUGGAGUUGGAAAGAA